AUGAAGAUUUUAGUCCAACGAACAAGGUUCAACCGUCGCCAGUGCAUUUCCCUCUACACCCUCAUUUAUGCAUGUAUUGUCACCGCCUUUUGGUAUCAUUUUAAACCCAUAUCUGGCUUCUUUAGUGGUAGAGUUGCUCCUAUACACAACUACCGUAUUCCAGAUGUAGAUGGAACUAAUACGUCUUGUAGAUGUGGUAAAGGACCUCAGAUGUAUAUAUGGCCUCCCCCUAACGGUCCUAAAGAUCUAAUCUGUUCAGACUCAACCUAUGAUUUGACGCUUUGUGUCCAAGUCGAUUCAACAAAGCCCCCAAAACUCACUUUAAUAAAGGAGCGACUUUUAAAAUUAAGGAAUAUGAGCGGCACAAAGUCGGAUGACCGUAAAGAAGAGUUUGCUGAUGAGGGUAAAGAAUUACUGCGCUGGUACCAGUUGGAAGGAAGUAAAAUCGAUGGCAAAGAAGGCUACGAGAUGUAUCCUCUUGCAAUAAAUCUUACGGAAACAAUCAAGGCCAUCAAUAAAGGCUCACCAGCACCUUUCGUUAAGACUGAUAUCUUUUUAUGUGGGCCAAGUGGAAAGAAUCAGAGAGAUCUAGAUCUCGUUCUAAUACUCGUUGUAUUCAAAAUGUUUGUGAGUGGUGGGGUUUUCUUCACUGGAUUAUUCUAG